AUGCAAUCACGAUUGGCAGAUCGGAACUAUCCAGGAAAGCGGAAUGAGAGAAUGCAAAAUUACCGGGGAGCAGACACGUUAAAGGCUUUUCAGGACAAGGAGGUUGAGGAAGCCAAGUGCACUUCACCCACAAAAAAUAUCAAAAAGAGAGCCUUGCCUGACGGGCAGAGGUUCAAGGAAAGAAAGGCUCUGGAUUUACGCUCAAGAAUCACAACUCCGAGAUUGGUCUUUGGCACAUACACGGUGGUUUCUGUGUUCCUAAUGCAAUGGGAACGCAAUCACGAUGCAAAUCGAUUUCAAUACCUAAUAGUGGACAAAGGAGGGCUUAUACUGAAGGUCAACUUGAUGACCUUAAUAGCCUGCAUGUUUCAAAUCAAGCAGAUUUUCAUAACGAGUGACAGCCGUCAGCUUCCGGCAUACACUGGACGGUUGCCUACGAGUGUUAUACCUUACGGUCACCGUGGCGUAGUGCACCAAUUAACACAUGAUACACGAAUUUGGCAGCUAAAUUUGUCAGUAAACUACCGGAGCCACCCAAAACUAGUUGAGGUUUCGUCAGCAGCUGCGUAUGGAGGAAGUAUUAAAUGA